GUUGCAUAAUCUUUUCAAUGAACUUUUCGCGAAUUUUCGGUGUGAUCGAAAUUUUCUAGUGAAAAUUCGCCAAUUUUGUUCAAUUUUUCGUUAAAAUUGACGGAAACUGCAUAGAUAACACGACAGAUAAUGACCCGGCUACAUUUAGAAUAAAUGUAAAUCAAUCUUCAUCGCGGUGUUCUACUUUAAUGCUUAGAUUUUUAUUGCUCGUACUUCGAUCACCGCCAGGACGAAGUAAUCAUGUAUAAUGUUAAACAAAUUAAUCCUUUAAUAUAUAAUGCUUCAACUAAGUUACUUUUCAAUCAUUUUGCCUCGUGCUCGUGUAGUUAUUCGUCGUGGAAUAGGUUAUUAAAGUAUAAGAAAGCACUGUACAAUGUGAAAUCAUGCCAAGAUAAUUUUGCACCACAGCAUCGAUUGUUCCAAACCAGCUCAACUUGCUUAGCGAAGAAAGACUAUUACGAUAUACUAGGAGUACCUCGAAAUGCUAGUGCUAAAGAUAUUAAGAAAUCAUAUUACCAAUUAGCCAAGAAAUAUCAUCCAGAUACUAAUAAGAAUGAUCCUAAUGCUCAGAAAAAAUUUCAAGAAGUUUCAGAAGCUUAUGAGGUCCUAAGUGACGAUGGCAAACGUAAGCAAUACGAUGCCUGGGGAACGACUAGCGAUCAAUUCGGUGCCGGUGCGGGUGCUGGUCCUACUGGAAGUUCCCAGUACGAACAAGAAGGUUUUAGUCAACACUGGACUUAUAAUUCGCAAAUCGACCCCGAGGAAUUUUUCCGUAAAAUAUUCGGUGAUCGAGGGUUCCAUGAAAGUGAUUUUAGUGAUUUCGCAGAAUCUAGAUCUGGUCACGCUGCAGCCAGAGAAGUUCAUGUCCAGUUGAGUUUCGAACAAGCUGCUAGAGGGUGCACCAAAGAUAUUUAUGUAAAUGUUGUAGAUACUUGUAAACGAUGCCGUGGUACGCGGUCAGAACCCGGUUAUCCGCCCAUGAAAUGUGGCAUUUGUCAUGGGUCUGGAAUGGAAACAAUUACCACAGGUCCAUUUGUGAUGCGAACAACAUGUAGAACGUGUAAAGGAGCCAGAGUGAUCAUUCAACAUCCUUGUAUAGAAUGCCAAGCUAAAGGAACUGUUGUUCAAAAGAAACAAAUCUCUCUGUCUGUUCCCGCUGGUAUCGAGAAUGGACAAACUAUUAGGAUGACUGUUGGUAAUAAUGAAGUUUUUGUUACCUUCUCCGUCGGUAAAUCAGAUUACUUUCGACGAGAUGGUGCUGAUCUUCACACAGAUGCCCAGAUUUCAAUUGCUCAAGCGGUCUUAGGAGGUACUAUUCGAGUUGCCGGAUUAUAUGAAACUCAAACCAUAAAUAUCGAGCCGGGUACAUCGUCUCAUACGGUAAUCAGAUUACCUGGGCAAGGGACAAAGAAAAUAAACUCAUAUGGUCACGGAGACCAUUACGUACAUGUAAAGAUCGCUGUCCCAAAAAGACUGGACGAUAAACAGAAAGCAUUGUUGAUGGCGUACGCUGAAAUUGAAAGCGGAACUCCGGGAGCCAUUCAUAAUGUAUCCUACAAAAAAGACGAGAAAAAAAGUGAAAUGGCAGACGAUAUAAAACCUCAAGGACCUGAAUCAGACACCAAACAGCCAAGUUUAUGGUGGAGAAUUUUGAACUAUAUUUUUAGAGAUCGCGAAAUAAAACCGAAAUAAAGUCUUAAACAGUGCGUCAAUGGACCUCAAGAUCUACUAGAAGCGUUACGAGAAGCUCUCAACGAAACGAAAACCGAGGAAAAAAAAGAAAUCAAAGAAUCUAAUGGAAAAGUGUAGAAUUAUCAUUGUGUAGUGAUUAUUGACUUUUUAUUAUUUUUACAUGCUGUAAAUGAGUACCUACAUCAAAUCCUUCGUCAUUCCGCCGUAAUGAAACCGUACGCUGAUUUGUGUUAAGGAUUUACCAUGUUAGUGUUUUCUAUUUUUAUUUAAAAUAAAUUGUUUUCGACUUGUA